CCAAUCAAGUUUGUUGCAAAAUGCUCUAUAUGUAAAGUUGCAACCCCACUAGGCAUUCAGGUUUAAUUUAAAAUCUCAGUGGCCUGUUUAAUGGUACAUCUGACCAACCCUGUUGGACUACAAUAUGUUGAGUCACUGGAAGUGGGGCUGGCAUCAUCCUCUCAAUUGGCAAGCUCAGACAUUUCAGUAUGGACCCAACACCCAAGUCAAGUUCCUUAAUAAUUCAUCAGGCCAUGAACCAUAAUCACUGCUUCUCCCACUUUUGUCUUAGCCUUAACAAUGUUUAGUGAUUGGAUUUUUGUCUAUUUUACACUUGGAAUUCAAGUUAAAUAGGUGACUUUGAUUUUUUUCAACCGAAAGAAAAUCAAUAAACCCCAUAAAAGAAUUACAAAAUUUUAACCUAAAAUUCCAAAAAUAUAGAAAAAAUUUUGCAGACUUAAGGUUCCCACAUAUAGGAAGUAACAGGUAGGUCUGAUUUGAGAGAAAAAAUAAAGAAAGAAAGGAGUAGAUCGCCAGACUCAAGAAAACAUAAAGGAUAAUACUGAUUCAUAGUUUCUCACGAAAACUCGUCUGUCAUCUCCGCCUCCAUGCGCUCUCUUUUCCCAUUAUAUUCUUCUUCUUCUCUCUUCUCUAACUUCUCUUCCUCUCCUUAUAAUUCCUUCAUUUCCUCAUUGCCACUCCUCUUUUCCUCGUCUCAUUUCUCUCCUUUCCUUUCCAUGGCUCCUGCCUUUGAACAAGUCCCUGUCCCACAGGAAGGUGAAACUGGAACGGAAACCGCAACGCCCCAUAACACUAAUACCGGAAACAAUGGUGGUAAUGAUGGUCAAGUUGGGUAUAAAUCAAGGGUUACUGUUGUUGGUAGUGGUAAUUGGGGCAGUGUUGCUGCUAAACUCAUUGCUUCUAACACUCUCAAGCUCAACUCUUUUCAUGAUGAAGUGAGGAUGUGGGUAUUUGAGGAGACAUUGCUAAGUGGUGAGAAGCUUACAGAUGUCAUUAACAGAACUAAUGAGAAUGUUAAAUAUCUCCCAGGUAUCAAGCUUGGCAAAAAUGUCAUUGCGGAUCCAGACAUCCACAAUGCGGUUAAAGACGCAAACAUGUUGGUUUUUGUGAUCCCCCAUCAAUUUAUGGACGGUAUAUGUAAGAGCCUUAUCGAUAAAGUGAGGGGAGAUGCGGAGGCUAUAUCCCUUAUUAAAGGAAUGGAAGUCAAGAUGGAAGGCCCUUGUAUGAUCUCCACUCUUAUUUCCGAGCAGCUUGGCAUCAAUUGUUCUGUUCUGAUGGGGGCAAAUAUUGCAAAUGAGAUUGCGGUGGAGAAGUUCAGUGAAGCAACAGUUGGGUACAGAGACAAUAGAGAGAUUGCAGAACAAUGGGUUCAAUUAUUCAGUACCCCUUAUUUCAUGGUCACUCCUGUCCAGGAUGUGGAAGGGGUUGAACUAUGUGGCACUUUGAAGAAUGUUGUGGCCUUAGCAGCUGGUUUUGUGGAUGGACUUGACAUGGGAAACAACACAAAGGCUGCAAUAAUGAGAAUUGGUCUGAGAGAGAUGAGAGCUUUCUCCAAGCUGUUAUUUUCAUCUGUUAGGGAUAGUACCUUCUUUGAAAGCUGUGGAGUUGCUGAUGUCAUCACAACAUGCUUGGGGGGAAGAAACAGAAAAGUUGCUGAGGCAUUUGCUAAGAAUGGAGGAAAAAGAUCAUUUGAUGAACUAGAGGCUGAGAUGUUGCAGGGCCAGAAAUUACAGGGUGUAUCCACGGCAAGAGAGGUCUAUGAAGUUUUAAGCCACCGCGGAUGGCUAGAGUUGUUUCCUCUAUUUGCAACAGUGCACGAGAUCUGUAUUGGUCGUCUUCCACCAUCAGCCAUAGUUGAAUAUAGCGAGAAGAAACCAAGAUUAUCUCUGUUAGAGGAUUCUACCCGUUGCCAUUGACUUAACCAUGGAUAACACUAAAAUAUCUUGCAUUUCAGUUCACAGAAGUACCUUUCUUCAUUUGCUCAUCAUUCAGAAAGUAUAAAAGAGAAACAAAAAAAUUGGACAGGUAAUUCAAGCAAAAUGUAGUGCCAAUGACAACAAAAUUGGUUGGAGGGUUGAUAUUCAACAUGGUAGGAAGUUUCUGAGUCACCUCUAGAAGUCUUUUUGACACUUCUUUAAUGAGGUUCCAAAGUCUGGUUUCAACUGGUUGUUCUCUUAAGAUGGAUAAUAAUCAGCGACAGUUUGACAUGCCUCGAUGAAAUGCACCGUAUGAAAAAAGUUGAAUAACCCUUUCGCUCAUGAAAAUGUCUCUAACCUUCAUGCUCAAAUUUGGUUUGGUUUAUGUUACAGCCCGCACCGAUGCAACCUGGAAUGCAUCCAAAUGGGAAACCAUUUGUUCUGCUUAAAACAUAAAUCCUGUGAAUGACAUGCAGGAACUCAUUGCAGCUUUUUAUUUAUUCUUUCUCUUCUUGGUAGGAAAGGAACAUAGGAUUAAUCUUUUUUUCUUCAUAUCUUGAUAAACUUUUACAGAGAUUUUUCUCAAGGAGCUUGCAUAAAACAGGGUCACGGUUGAAGAUUACAAAAUGGGUUAAACCUUUAAGUUUGAUACUUAAGGAAAUAAAAUUGUUAGUUUGAAAUUCUAGUUUUUAUUCGAAUUAAUAUAGUUAAUUAAUUUACUGACAUAAUAGG